GGCGGGGCGGGCACAACUAUGGCGGCGGCCGAGGGGGAUGGGUGCGAGCACUAUCGGCGGGGCUGCCUGCUGCUGGCGCCGUGCUGCGGAAAGCUGUACGCCUGCCGGCUCUGCCACGACGGCGCCGAGGAACACCGGCUGGACCGCUUCCGUGUGGCCGAGGUGCAGUGCACCCGCUGCCGCCUCCUGCAGAAGGCCCAGCAGCGCUGCGAGGGCUGCGACAACCUCUUUGGCGAGUACUACUGCGGGAUCUGCCACCUCUUCGACUGCGACAAGAAGCAGUACCACUGCCCCGGGUGUGGCAUCUGCAGGAUCGGGCCAAAGGAGGAUUUUUUCCACUGUUCAAAAUGCAGUUUAUGCCUGAGCUUGAGCCUUCGAGAAAAGCACAAGUGCAUUGAAAAUGUCUCCAGGCAGGACUGUCCCAUAUGUUUGGAGGAUAUUCACACAUCUCGUGUUGGAGCUCACGUGCUGCCUUGCGGUCACCUUCUUCACAGAACAUGUUACGAGGACAUGCUGAAGGAAGGUUACAGGUGUCCUUUGUGCAUGCACUCGGCUUUAGAUAUGACAAGGUACUGGCGCCAGCUGGAUGACGAAGUAGCGCAUACUCCUAUGCCCACAGAAUAUCAGAACAUGAUGGUGGAGGGGGGAGUUGGAACCUAUAUUUUUCUCUAUUUAAACCCUGGGAACUGCAGCAUCACCACCACUCAACCAAUCCAAACAAAAAAAGGACUAGAAACAAAAAUGCACAACUCUUGCUAUAGCUUCCAUGAAGCCAUGAGAGCCAACAGAAGACUGCAGGUGCCUAAUAUAGUUUCACUCAACCUUCACAGCUUCAGUGGAGGAGGACAGCAGAAGGAACAUCUCAGCUGAGGAUCUCCAGCUCACUGCAGCAAGCACUGGGUUGUAUUGGUAUAAAACCAGUUGUCAGAGGAGGAAGAAACCGAGUGAGAAACUAGGGGCCAGAAACAUCAACAGGUAAAAGGCAAAGCACUCCAGAAGCUGCAUAAAGAAGCCAAAGCCAUCAGAUCAAAUAAAUCUGCAUUUGCUCUGAUUUGCUGGCAAGCCAGGCUGGUUUCCUGCGUGAUUAGUUUUCUUCUGCUGCAUGGUCGUUAAGUGGUCUAAUUACUCCGGAGCCUGAAGCUUUCUGUAGCCCAGAGAAACAGCUACGCAAUGGAAAUGGAUGUGCUAUCUCCAUGUGUCCCUCACCAUCCAGAAGCCCCAUCCCUGGGAGUGAUGCUGUCACAAACAUGCAGCUCACCAGGACACCCUGGGGACAUCCUUUGGCAGGGUUGCAGACCCCCUGGAGGUUGCUGCUGAGCAAACCCAUCUGUACACACCUCUGUGGAUGUAGGGGUUGUACCAACAACUCUUGUAGAUGUAUGUCCUGCUUUUUGGAAAAGGCAAGAGCAGAAUCCACGUGGCCAAAGUUGGGGGCUUCGAGCAAGCUGGCAUGGAGAAGGUCCAAGCAAGGUCUUCACUGGCUGGUGGAUUUUGGCCUGGCUCGGGAGCAGUUUGGGAGCUGCUCUUUUCCGGGCUAUUGCAUGGGAGGAAGGAGCUUAUACAGGGACCUGGCUCACUCCUGAACUCUUUUCAGACCCCGAGGAAAGCUGUGGCAGGCAGAUUGCCCUUGAGUAACCAGAUGGACAGCUUCACCACCCUGCAGCCUCUGCUCUUCCCAGCUAAAAAUGAUAAUGCCAACUUGUAAAAUAAAGAUGUUUGCUUGCAUGGUUCCUAUCACCUGCUCUUCCCUUGUCUGCAGUGAGUGUUCACUCCUCCUCAGGCAACUCUCUGCCCUGAUGUCCAAACCCAGCAGGAAGGGCUGUUGGUUGUACAACAAACCCACUUUUUACAACAGCUGUGGAAUUGGGUGGCCACACCACCCUCCACACAACUAAACCAUUAUGUUCCACCCUCAACACUUAGUGUUGCUUAAUUAUUCCACUCAUGAAGUCCUUGAUCCUGAAGCUGCAAUGACAUUACGGCAGAGAAGAAGAUGAGGAGGAGUCUUCAGAGCUUUUUUCUCCUUCUGAGAGUGAUAUGUGGCUACUGGUCAACUGAUGGAGCCAGACGAGACUGAUGAGGACCUGGGGCAGAAAGCCUCUGUGUUCCUGGAGAAUCCCUGCUGGCAAGGCCCUGUGUCCCCACUGGGGUGGGCUGGCAGGCUGUCACCUUGCAUAGUGGCUUUAGCUGAUUCCUGGGAGCUUUUGCCCUCAUUAAGAGCAGUAGCUGACAGCACCAGCUCAUUCUAAAAUGACUUUUGCUUGAUAUAAAUAAAACAUACUUUAAUACUGCAUGUUAUAUUUUUGGAACAUGCA